GAUACUCUCAAUGAGUCAGGAUAUCCCUCAGAUAAAUCUGAAGAGUUGGUCGGUCGAUUGAUGUCAGUGGUUGAUUCCACUGAUCACUUUAUAACACUAGCAACCAGUGUACUGGACAAGUUGUGUGAAGGUGAUUUCUCUGGUACUUCUCUUCCUCUGAUAUCCAUAAUGUCACUCAAUCUGUUGCUCUGCUUGCUACAAAGGACAAUAAAGGAGAGAACUACACUACCAGAACAAGAAGAAGAAGAAGAAGAUAUAGAGAUUGAAGGAGGAGAAGGAGAAGGAGAAGACAAAAAGGAAGACACUACUCCUAGUCCUGAGGAAACACUCAAAAAAUCAUUUUACGAUUCUCACGCUGAAACUCUCAUUCCUGUGCUACUCAAAGUUUCAAAGCUAAUCCUCUCUGUCUCUCAUCAUGGCAUAUGUAUUGAUAUAUUUAAUCCUGAUCAGAAUCACGCUAAAGACAUGAUUGAUGUUAUAAAGAGCAUACUCGGUCUCUCAGGAACCAAGCUAUUGGUGUUUGGAUCAAACGGAAAGCUCCCUCAUACCAAGGACCUGUUUGUGAGACACAUUCCGGUACCAAUGUCUGAGCGUUUGAAAACAUGGAACUCGGCGAUGAUAAUGGAGCGAUCCUUAUGUAACAGAGUAGGAGACAAAGUUGAUAUUAUUGAGGAGAUGUUCGGGUUCUUACACUCGUCCCUGAGAGCUAUAAGUGGUCGUAGUACCUUCUCACCUAACAAUUCUUUAAAAUCUAAUUUGUUCAUCGUAUCUGGACUCCUACAUAAUUUGUUCUCUCUCUCGCCUGCCGAUAGUUCUUCAAAGUUUUCCGAGAGUAUCGUUCCUCUUGCUAUGGAUCUGUUGCUGGAGUUUGCUGUUGAAGGGGAUAAGGGCGUGUCUGGGGGCGGAGUCUCUGAGGCUCCUCUGAGAGAAAUGGCAAAACUUUUUGAUGAGAAAUCUUUUGCCUUGAAAUGCAUGAAGCAAAAAGUAAUUAAUUGUUUCCAGUUGGUUCAGUGUCCUCCAUUGGGUGGUCAUACAUUCCAAGGGUCUCUGCUUGAGGAUUUAUUUAUUUUAUUGAACAAUUUACUCGACUCCUCCCCCUACUGGCCUAUACUGGCAGAACUGGACACCAUCUCUCCACCAACAAUAGACUUUACUGAUCUUCUCUCCUUAUGCUCCUUGAGCUCACUGUGUACCUCUUCACUGACUGAAGGCUUGAAAUUAUUUUUAAAAAUAUUGGAACUGACUAACAAGGAGCCCCAUGAUCAUCUCAGUGUCCUCUGUGGACAAAUUGCUAGACUGUCCAUGGUACCACAGGACCAGUUGGUGUCCCUCCUACAGCGUAUUGUUCUUGGUUGUGUUAGUGACAGUGUCACUGACUCACUGGCCCACACUAACCUACUCUAUCGUAUCAUCGAACUACUCACUAAAGAGGACUGCUGUAUUUCCUCUCAUCUCUCUCAAGUCCUCUUAAUCAAUUUGAUUCCAAUUGGUAAGGACCUCAUCAAGACACUCCAUCACUUGGAAGGAAAGCAGUACACGAUAUUCAAGGAUUACUUUCAAUCCUGUGUCCUCCUGGCUGGAAACAGAUCACAGAAAGGACAUCUUGAACUAGUUAGAGCUGCCUCUGACUGGCUGCCAUUAUGUUUUGAUUUGGUUAAGAACAACAGUACUGAAUGGAAGAAUAAUAAUGAAAUAUUGUUACCAUUAUACACAGUACUCAACUAUGUGUCCAGCCUGUCCUCAGCAGCACAGCUACUCACUAACAAGGAGGCAUGUACCGAGAGAAGAGCUCUAGCUGCCGAGGAUGAUUACGCAAUACUG